CUUUUUUAUGCACAUGGAGAGUUGAUUGCUUCACAUAGAAAGAAAAUUGUUCUUAUGAUUGCCAAGCUAGAAAAAUGCAAAAUGUACUGUAUGUUGAAACUUGAAACCUUCCAAUCGUGGCGCUCGUGUACCUUUGAUAUGAACUGACUCAUCAUGAAAUGAAUGUGAUUUAAAUUUAAUUACGUAUAACUGCUUUAAAGCACCGCCCCACAAAAAGAAUAUGAAAUUUAUAAAUUUAAUAUAUAUAGAAAAGAGAAGGUUUCGACUUGUGUGGUUAUCUGUAAUUAAGACAAAAGGUGAUGACAUUUUUGACUUUAUCUCAUUUGCCCUUCAGUUGUCGUGGUCCCUCACGAGUAAAUUUGCAAAUGCUAAACUUUUGGUCCUUUCCAUUAGGUGUCCUUUCCAUUUGUUCCUACAAUUGUUAGGUGGUCACUGCACGUGACUCCACAUGUCUUUUAUCCAAAAGACACACCAAAUAAGCUUUUCCUCAUUCUUUGUUCCCAUUUUCUGCUAAAUGCCUUCUCACCUUCUUCACUCCUGUAAAGAAGCCUUUCAGUUCUCUUCAUCUUAUUAUUAUUUUUUUUUUCAUUUUCUCGGCUGGGUGUUCUGCUUUUUGGUUUGCUAUUCUCUCAAUAUUGUCUAGCACAAAGAGGCUCAUCAUCUAUUGUUUCUUUAUUUUCGUUCUUAUUUUGACUUUUUUGUUGUGCGUAGAGAUUCUGAUACUAUUAGUGUUUUUAUUAAGUAUAGAAGCUUAUUCUUUGUUUACCUCUGUCAGCGAAGUUUUUCUCUUCCUCUUUGCUGCUUGUGAACACCGCUAAAGUUGAAAGAGAUAAAUACUGCUAAAAGAUUCUUUUGCCUAAACAGUCUAUGAGAGCUAUGCAUUCUCUUAGAAGGGAGUUUCACUUUUUUCUCAAGGAUAUUGAUAUAUUGACAACAUCGGUACCUUUUAUGAUUAUUGGAGUUACGACGAAUAUCUUCUUCGAUCAGUUAAAAAAGUUCCAGCACGAUGUAAAUCAAAUGUAUGGAUCCGACAAAAUCAAAGAUGAUGUAGUGCAUAGAGCCUCGUGUAUCAAGAAGCUGCCCGCUCUUUUCGACAUAUCUCCUUGCUGGCAAAGGAUAGCAUCACUAUCAAGUCUUCUGUCAAGGAAAGAAGGUGGUCCUGAAUUGAGUUGAAUGCAACCUAAUAACAAACACUAUUGAGCAAUUAUAGAGCUCAUCGGAAGGUGGCUAACAAGAUAUCCUUGCAUCAAGUAGCAAGUUGAAAUAGAGCACAAGUAGAGUUGGAAGAGCAAAAUUAUGCUCAUGUUGUAUAAAAACUCUUUUGGAUUAUGGUCAUCUAUUUUGAUUUCAAUACGAAGUACUGUAUCUACUAUCAUCAUCGCAAGUGAAAAAUAAAACUAAAUUCAUGUUGGGCA